UCCUCCUCUCCUUUCUUUUCCUACUCCCACUGCCCUACGCUACACUAUGCAAUCUCGUCUGUGUGCGACAGCCACUCAACUCCCACAGCCUGCCUCCUUUUCUUUUCGUCUCUACAGUUCUUGUUCCCGCUCCUUUUAUUUAUUCCCCAGUUCCUCUUUACUACUGCAAAAGAUCUAAGCUAAAGGUUAACAAAUCUCCAUGCUUAGCCCUAGCUAGCUGUUCUCCUCUCUGUCUCCCUCUUCUUCCUCACCUAGAUAUAAAGAAACCUAGCAAGCUGCUGAUGGAGGAUCUCUCCGAUCUUGGAGGCCGCGGCCACUCGGGUGCUGCAAGGCCGCCGCCGCCUUCAUUGCGGUCUUCUUAUAAAGUCCCCGUGCAAGUCUACGCCGUCCCUAGCUCAGCUGCCAGCGGUGGAACUCGAGGUCAAGUUGUUGCACCUAUGGUGCCUGCGGCUAGAACAGGCAGCGGUCACCUCGCGCCUCGUCUCCUCGAGGACGGCGAUCGCCAUGGCGGCCGCCGCGUCGGUCUCGACCCCGUCAAGGCCAAGAUCGUUUCCCAUCCUCGAUACCACGGCCUCCUCGCCGCCUUCUUGGACUGCCACAAGGUCGGCUGCCCCCCGGAGGCGGCCGAGGAGAUCUCGGCGGCGGCGCGGGAGCGGGUGGCGCGGCAGCAGGCGGCCGUGGGCGACGCGCGCGCAGGGCCGGACCCGGAGCUCGACCAGUUCAUGGAAGCGUACUGCGAGCUGAUCGCGACAUGGAAGGAGGAGCUGAGUCGGCCGCUGCGGGAGGCCAAGGAGUUCCUGAAGACGGUGGAGUGCGAGCUCAACUCCAUUGCUAGUACUGGGCCACCCUUUGGAGCUCUCAUCUCUGCAGCAGAAGAGAGAAUUGGCCUCGAUCCGUCAGACGACGAGCAAGAAGAAGGCAGUGGCAUGGAGGCAGAAGAAGCUCUCGGCAUCGACCCUUUCUCCGAUGACAAGGAGCUGAAGAGGCACCUCCUCAAGAAGUACAGCGGGUACUUGGGCAACCUGAGAAAGGAGCUGUGCAAGAAGAGGAAGAAAGGCAAGCUCCCUAAGGAGGCCCGGCAAACGCUGCUCAGCUGGUGGGAGCUGCACUAUCGAUGGCCUUACCCCUCGGAGAUGGAGAAGAUCGCGCUGGCCGAGUCGACGGGACUGGAGCAGAAGCAGAUCAACAACUGGUUCAUCAACCAGCGGAAGCGGCACUGGAAGCUGUCAGAGGAGAUGCAGUUCGCGGUCAUGGACGGUUUCCACCCGGCGCCGCAGAACGCUGCCGCUGCGCUCUACGUCGACUCCCGCCUCGCGGGAGCAACGCCGGCGAUGGUCUAUGCCCGGCCGGAUCAUGGGGCUCAUGGCCUCUGGCAUAACUAAGCCACUAUCAUGGGUCACGGCAUAGCCUAUAUGUCGAGUAUACAAUUCUAUCCGCCUUUGCACCAUCAAACUCGUGCAUGUCAGGACCGUAAGACCGGGUUAUACGCUUGCAUUUUGGGUAAUGCUUCUGUAGCGGAGGGGUAAGUUACUUUGGAAUAAUCAAGAAAAGAAAU